AUGUGUAAUAACAGCAAUAACAAUUUUUAUAACAAUAUUAUAUUUUUAGAUUAUAAUAAACCGAGUGAAAUAAAUUUUUCAAUAAUCUCAGAUAUAUUUAAUAUUUUAGAUAAAAAUGAAUCAAAAUUAUAUGUCGUCCUAAUCAAUUCAAAUUUCGAUUCGAUCGAAUCAAUAAGUAAUAUUUUAGAAAAAUAUUAUAGUUUCAUAAACAAGUUAAUUUUAGAUCAUUUUUUAAAAUAUAGAAUUGAUGUUAACAUAUUAAUCCCAGAAUUAUAUUGCAAUAACAAUAAUAAUAAUAAUAAUAAUAAUAGUAACAAUAGUAAUAAUAGAAGUGAAUCUUUGAUAAAUUCAAUAAAUUUAAUAAUAAGCAAAAUACCUACAAACUAUGUUUUUUUAUCAAAUUCUUCAAAAUCAUUAAAUUCAUUUAUUAUAAAAUCAACAUUAAAUUUAAAAUUAAAUUAUUAUGAGAUCAAAAAUAGUAAUAAUAUCCAAGAUACAGAGUUUGUGCCCAGUUUCAAUAAUAAUGCAAUUUUAAAAUUACAAAAAUAUAACUCUGUAUAUUGUGGUGGGUUUUUUGACUAUCUUCAUUGUGGCCAUAAGUUUUUUUUAUCAUUAGGUUCUUUGUUGGCUAAAAAUAAAUUUUUUGUUUCAGUAUUACAAAAAUCUACAAUAAUACAACAACAACAACAACAACAACAGCAACAGCAACAACAACAACAACAACAACAACAGCAACAACAGCAACAACAAGAAGAAGAUAUAACACCCCCAUCAUCACCUAGAAUGUGUGAAAAAACAACUUUUAAAAGUCAUUCAUUACCAAAUUUAAAUAAUAAAUGUCCAUUUAGUAAUAAUAAUAAUACAAGUGAAUAUAAAUUACAAUCUUCAAAAUCAAGUAUUGGGGAAAUUAAAAAUUUAUUAUUUAACUAUACAGAUAAAAAGAAUGAUGAAUUUAUGCAACAAGUGGAGAAAAGAAUUUUAUCAGUAAAAGAGUUUUUAAAUAUUUUUAAUCCAAAUCACAGCGAUAUCGAAAUUAUAUCAAAUACACGUUGUUCAGAUAUUAACUUUUGCCCAAUGACAUAUUAUGAUCAAGUUGACGCAUUAUUGGUAAUUGAAGAGUCCAUAGAAUCAGCAAACAAGAUCAAUUUGAUUAGAUCCCAAAGAAAUCUAUCUCAGCUAUCGAUUAACGUUGUUAAAUCAGUUCAAAAUUACCAUUCAAAUAAAAAAAUUUCAUCAUCGUUCAUAAGAAAUGUUUUAUAUAAUAUAAAUAAUAAAAAUAUAUAA